AUGUCCAGCCACAGACUGAAUCUGCACCAUUUACUAUGGGGGAGCAUCAUUCUCCAGUUCCUGGUCUUUUAUGAAAAUGCCCUUCCUGCCCCCAGCAUCAGCUUGCAAACAUUCAUUGGCUGUGCUGUGAGAGAGUUUAGGUUCCUGGCCAGGAAACCUGGUUGUAAAGGAUUGCGAAUAACUACAGAUGCAUGCUGGGGACGAUGUGAGACCUGGGAGAGACCGAUUCUUGACCCUCCUUACGUGGAAGCAUAUCACCGGGUCUGUACCUACAACGAAACCAGGUUCGUCACUGUGAAACUACCCAACUGCCAUGCUGACGUCGACCCAUUCUACACCUACCCGGUGGCAGUGCGGUGUGACUGUGGCAUCUGCUCAACCACAACCACCGAGUGCGAGACCUUGUAAAGCAUUCCCCCACCCCCUUCGAAACCAGAUGCAGUACAUGCGCCCACGCUUAGGGAACUCUGAUCUAUUGAUUCAAAAAGAAA